AUGGGGAAAUUGAUCAGGAUGGGGACGCAGGAAAGGCGGUUACUCCUGCCAAAACGGCUUCAAUGGAGUCGCUUCCUCUUCCUACUGGGAAUGUUGAUGAUUGGUUCCACCUACCAGCACCUGAGGAGCCCUCUGGGCCUCCCCUCACUGUGGGCAGCAGUCUCUUCCCAAUACCCUGUAAAGCUGGCCAACCGGGACCUUACCAGCAAUGAGAUGAUGAUGGUGAACAGUGACCCUCCAAGGGCUAGUUCUGAAAUGGAGGGUGAGACACUGGAACCCCAGGGCACAGUGGGCAAGGAGGAAGCAACAGCUGGCAUAACAAUGGAGAACACUCUCAAUACACCCAGAAGAAUAACCAACAUCUCUCCCACAGUACCUAGGAAUAACUACAGCCCAACAGCAGCAGGCACAGACAGAACGAAGGAAAACACCCCAACAAGACCAAGUGGAGUACUGAAUCAUUACACCCCAACUUCAAGCAUAUCUACAAUAAAGAAUUAUACCCCAGCAACGCCCAGGGGAGAAAUGAAGCACUACCCCCCAACUCGAGCCAGGGGAAAGGUGAAAAAAUACACCCAAUCCCCACAUGGUAGAAUAGUAAACUCUGCCCCAUCCACAUUCAUGACAAUGACAAGAAGCCAUGGGAUCACUCCCAGAACGACAGUGAAAGACAUUGAAACUGUGGCAACCUACAAAAUAUUGGAGACCAGCCCCUCCAAGGGAGUCGUGGAGGAAACCACCCCAACUACUAAGAGAAUAACUGAUAAGACUCCAACUUUCAUGAUAAAUGACAUAGAAACAAACACCUUGACUUCUAGGAGUGCAGUGGAUAAGAACACGCUGACUACCCCCAGAAGGGUGGACAAUAACAGCUCAACCAAUCCUCAGAGGUUAGUGGGAAAGAGCAACCUGACGACUUUCCAGGGAAUAGUUUUAGAGCACACUGCAGCCACCUCUGAUGGGCAAGUGACAAUUCGCACCAGGGUUAGGAAUCCCUCGUCCAGAACCAGUGCUCCAACCACUGGAUUAUCCUUAGCCACCUUCUGGGGGCUGGCGAAGAAACCUCCCACAGCACCAAGCACCUCAGCAACCCUCAGCAUCAGGGCAAAUCCGACCACCCAGGUUCGUCACUGUGUGGAGCCAGCUCCAGCCAUGCCCACUACCCCCUCCCCCAGCCUGACAACGGCCCCGCUCCCAGAGGCACCCAGUCCCAGUCCCUCCGCGCUGCCCCCCAGCUGGCCAGACCACCCUAAGGCAGAGUACCCCCCAGACCUGUUCAGCGUGGAGGAGCGGAGGCAGGGCUGGGUAGUCCUGCACAUCUUUGGCAUGAUGUACGUGUUUGUGGCCUUGGCCAUCGUGUGUGAUGAGUACUUUGUCCCAGCCCUGGGUGUCAUCACAGACAAGCUGCAGAUCUCUGAGGAUGUGGCAGGUGCCACAUUCAUGGCUGCCGGAGGCUCUGCCCCCGAGCUCUUCACCUCCCUCAUCGGCGUCUUCAUCUCCCACAGCAACGUGGGCAUCGGCACAAUUGUGGGCUCUGCUGUGUUCAACAUCCUCUUUGUCAUCGGCACCUGUGCCCUGUUCUCCCGGGAGAUCCUCCACCUCACUUGGUGGCCCUUGUUCCGUGACGUCUCCUUCUACAUCCUUGACCUGAUGAUGCUCAUUCUCUUCUUCCUGGACAGCCUCAUUGUCUGGUGGGAGAGCCUGCUGCUGCUGCUGGCCUAUGCCUCCUAUGUGUUCACCAUGAAGUGGAACAAGAAGCUUGAGCUCUGGGUGAAGGAGCAGCUCAGCAGGAGGCCAGUGGCCAAGGUCAUGGCCCUGGGGGACUUCAGCAAGCCAGGUGAUGGGGCAGUGGCGAUGGAUGAGCUACAGGAGAACAAGAAGCUGAAGCUCCCGUCCGUGCUGACCCGAGGGAGCAGCUCAGCCUCUCUGCACAACAGCACCAUCCGCAGCACCAUGUACCGGCUCAUGCUCCACAGCCUGGACCCUCUGGGGGAAGCACACUCCUCCAAGAACAGGGAUGAGGAGAGCUUGAAUCAGGAGGCCAAAGCAGAGAGCAAACCAGAAGAGGAGGAGCCAACCAAGCUCCCUGCGGUCAAGGUCACACCAGCCCCUGCUCCAGACGUCAAGGGAGAUCAGGAGGAGGAUCCUGGCGGUCAGGAAGGAGAUGUGGCUGGAGCUGAGAGCACAGGUGCAAUGACAGGCAAAGAGGUUGAAGCUCCUGGUGAAGGUGAAAAUGGAGGUGAAACUCAGCUAGAAGGUGAAGGUGAAACUGAAGCAGAAGGGAAAGGAGACAAUGAAGGUGAAGGUGAAAUCCAAGCAGAAAGAAAAAGAAAUGAUGAAAGUGAAGCUGAACUCCAAACAGAAGGAGAUGCUGGUGAAGUGAAAGGUGACACCGAAGAGCAGGGAUUCAAUGCUGGAAAUCAAGGUGAAACCAGAAGUGAUGAGAAAGGUACAGAUGGUGAAGGGGGAGGUGAUGGAGGUGAUGGUGAACAUGAAGAGAACAAGAGUGAAGUCCAAGCAGAAAUAAAAGAAAAUGAUGAAGGAGAAGGUGAACUCCCAGCAGAAGGAGAAGAUGGCAAAAUGAAAGGUGAUGGUGAAAAUAAAGAGCAGGACUUCAUUGCUGAAAAUCAAGGUGAAGCCAUAAGUGUUGAGAAAGGUACAAAUGGUGAAGGAGGCGGUGAUGGAGGUGACAGUGAAGAUGAAGAUGAAGAUGAGGAUGAGGAUGAGGAUGAGGAUGAGGAUGAGGAUGAGGAUGAGGAAGAAGAGGAGGAAGAGGAAGAAAAUGAGGAGCCUUUGUCGCUGGAGUGGCCUGAGACCCGGCAGAAGCAGGCUAUUUAUCUCUUCCUCCUGCCCAUUGUGUUCCCACUGUGGCUGACAGUGCCCGACGUCCGGAGGCUGGAGUCUAGAAAGUUCUUUGUUAUCACCUUCCUGGGAUCCAUCCUGUGGAUAGCCAUAUUCUCAUACCUUAUGGUGUGGUGGGCUCACCAGGUUGGUGAAACAAUAGGGAUUUCUGAAGAGAUUAUGGGUUUGACGAUCCUGGCAGCAGGCACAUCAAUUCCUGACCUGAUCACCAGUGUGAUUGUUGCUCGGAAAGGCCUGGGAGACAUGGCCGUGUCAAGCUCUGUGGGCAGUAACAUAUUUGAUAUCACCGUGGGCCUGCCUGUUCCCUGGUUGCUUUUCUCUCUUAUCAAUGGACUACAGCCUGUUCCAGUCAGCAGCAAUGGCUUGUUCUGUGCCAUCGUCCUGCUUUUUCUCAUGCUCCUGUUUGUGAUCUCUUCAAUUGCAUCGUGCAAAUGGAGAAUGAACAAGAUCCUGGGCUUCACAAUGUUCCUCCUUUACUUUAUAUUCCUGAUAAUCAGUGUGAUGUUAGAAGAUCGAAUCAUAUCCUGUCCUGUAUCUAUCUGAGUCAGUCACUGUUGCUCAAAGUGGACAUGGACCAGAAAACCAUGGCAGAAGUUACUGUACCUCUUGGUCCAUUGAUGAAUGAACAUGAUCCAGGAGAGUGAACUGAGAGGCUGGGAGCAUCUGAUGUCAAUGUGAUACAGGAGUGAAGGUUAUCGUUGGGAACACCUGCAGCUCAUUGUGAUUAAAAAUCUCACUUCUGGGGUCGGGGAGUGUAUGGAGUUCCAACCCUUACUGCUACAGACACUGUCACAUGGACUCCAGUAAAAGGACCCCUGGAGUCAGAGGGUUUUCUACAUGAGAUACCUGGAGGGUUGGGACAGGCACAGUAAGACAAGCCACCAAGCUCACGUAUUCCUGAUUACUAAAGGGCUGCUGAUCCAAAAGAUGCAGAUGUGGUCUCUAUCUGACCCUCCUGGCUCCUGCCCCAAGCACAUGCUGCACUUCCUGUCUGUCUCCUCUUUUUCUGUUCAAAACAUGAGGUUCUACCAGGUUUGUAAUCAUCACUGGUUCAGUUACUGGUGAGUUUAAGAGCUAAGGCUAUAGGAAAAAAUGAAAUAUAACAGGAAUCAAUUAUCAUUAGUAAGAUGUGUACCAAUAUUUUAUAGCUUAAAAGGAUUACAUUAGCUCUUAUUGCAUUUCUGAAAAGUGAAAUUAAAAUAAGUAACCCAAGAAAUUAAAAUUUGUAAUUUGCCCUUGAAUUGGAAGGCCUGGAUAUGAGAGAAGGAAAACUACUCUAAGGGCUAUUUAAAAAUAUGUACUUAUUAGAAAAUCCAAGUUAGUGUUGUCUCCAUCAAGUGGUCUCCUUGAGGGAUUAGACAUAUAACACAGUGGCUGGUCCUGGCUCUGCCCCUCCCGCAUAUUCUCACCCAACAGCACAGCUGCUCCUAGUGAGUGAGAAGGUGGAGUUCGGUCAGUAGAGCCAAGUCUGGUUUACAAAGUAGAGAUCCAGUGGGGUGAGGCCACUUUUGCAUGUUAACCCCGAUGGGACUAUAAAGCAAGAUGGAUGGAUGUCUUAUGUGGCUUACAAGUGGGGAUUAAGGCAAUCACAAAGGAGAAAUCCCAAAAAUGCUUAGCACAAUGGCAACACAGUGAGAACAAAAGUAUUUCUACUUCCAAGAUAGCUAGUGUAAAGGACACUUGUUUUUAAAAAGUGUCUGGUUAUUUAAACAUUUCAUGUGGAAUUUGAAGUGCUUGUAUAUUAAAUACCAAUGCUUACUGCUUUUACUAGCAUCAAGUUAAGGGACACAUGAGAAAUGAAACAGUUCUAUGUCCCUGGUUUCAGAGCAAAGGGAACUGAGGGGACUGUAGACGAUGAUGGUAAAUAGAGCUUUCGUUACAACAUGAGAGAGGAUUCACUGAAGACUAGAAGAUAGCAGGACAGAUGUGAUAUGAAAAAAAAAAAUCAAACAUUUUGGUGUUGAUGGGCUGUGUUCAAAGAAAGUACUUCAGUCCAUAAUCCAUCUUUAGUUUGCGUUAAUUUAACUAAUGGCCUCACUACCCCAGGAAUCAUGCUCUUUAGAAAUGACUUUUAUUCAGUUUCAAUAAAUUGUGAGUCCCAUUGGUAUUUUACAAACAUGGUCAGAAUGCUCCAGAGAAGACUGAUGAAGAAUAUGGAGUCAUAUUCAAAUUCCAUAUUCUGAAGUUAUCCUCAUUCCUGAUGCUGCUGCAGUGCCCAGUCUCCACAUGCCAUGACCUAAGAACAGGAAGGAGAUCCCAAUGCCAACUCUGGGCGCCAACCUGGUUUCUGCAGCCUAUUCCAGCUAGCCACAGGGCAUUCCUCCCACUGAUGGCCAGGGACCUGGCGCUCUUCCCCAGAAUGACUGAGUGGGGAGUGAUGGACAGUGAAAUGUUCUGUAAUGAUAAAGCUGCUUCAUGAUUAAAAUUAAC